AUCACCUAACCAUAAUUUUCCCUUCAUUUUCAAGAAACUGUUUCCUCUCAACAACUACUCGCCACCUGACCACUGCCUUCACUUUCACGUUCGCAAUAUUCUUUCUUCUUGUUCUUGUCAUCCUUGGCUGCUUCCUGUUACGAGCCUUCGAUCUCCAUGGCAAAUUCAAGAUUUCAAAAAUCGAGGCUUGUGUUUGUUUUAUUAUGCUUCUUGUUUUUUGUCUCGAGACUCAGGAUCUUCGUGGCUGCUGAUGAUAAGUCAAAUGAAUCUAACAAAGAUGAUGGUUAUGAUUUUGCAGUCACAGAAGAAGAUCAGAUUGGUGACAAUAGCACUAUUAGUGGUGGUGCUUAUGCUGCCCCUAAUGGUGUUGCGAUGGAUCAGGAAAGAUCCGAGCUUUGCAACACCGAUAUGAGUAGUUUUCUUCCUCCACCAUAUAAUAACAUAUCAAAUAUGGUCUGCAAACCAGUUUGGAAUACUUUUCUGUUGAGGUAUCACAAGAAAGAAGAUAAUGUGGUGACUUUUAUAUUAUCUGCUGUAUACACAAUCGGAUGGGUGGCAAUGGGGUUUUCGAAAGAUGGAAGGAUGGUUGGAUCCAGUGCUAUGGUGGGCUGGUUCAAUAGGAAAGGUCAGGCGAGAAUCAAAGAGUAUUACUUGCAAGGUACUAGGCCAUCACAGGUCAUAGAGGAUGCAGGUGAAUUGGACCUCACAAAGGUUCCACCUGCUGUUGUGAUUAAUGGGGCUAUGAUUUACUUGGCAUUUCAAGCCAAGUUUGAAAAACCUCUCGCUUCCCAGCCAAUCAUAUUGGCUUUCGGAACCAGGUAUCCAAAUCACUACCGCCUAUCCUCGCACGAUGACAAGACAGCUAUUCUUUUCGACUUCACUGCAGGUUCUGCGUCUAGAGCACGUAUAAAUCCUGGGCAGAUGAAGAAGAAUCACGGGGUAUUAGGAACCUUGGCAUGGGGUCUAUUCCUUCCUAGUGGGGCAAUUGUUGCAAGGUAUUUGAAGCAUAAAGAACCACUCUGGUAUUAUCUACAUGCUGGUAUUCAGUUUUUGGGAUUUCUCUUGGGGCUUGCCAAUGUGGUUCUUGGACAGCAACUCUAUAGCAAGAUUGAUGCCAAUGUACCAUCACACAGAGGCAUAGGCAUCUUUGCUCUCACUCUUAGUAUUCUUCAGAUAUUGGCGUUCUUUUUAAGGCCUAAGAAAGAUGCCAAGAUCCGCAAGUACUGGAAUUGGUACCACCACUGGUUUGGAAGGAUUGCCCUCUUCUUUGGAGUCUUCAAUAUAGUGUGGGGAAUCCAUCUAGGAGCUGCAGGGACGUCAUGGAAGAUAGGCUUUGGUUUUCUAAUUACUAUGAUUCUAGUCACAGUUAUUAUUCUCGAAACGUUGACAUGGUUGAGGAGAUCAGAGAAGACUACUCCACCUGAAACCUUCCAAAUGAAUCCAAUUUAGUACACAGUUUUCAGGGUAACUGGUUGAUGAAAGAUUUUGCAUCUGAAAGUAAUGGUAGAAGUACUCAGACAAGCACCAAUUAUCUUUUUUGACAAGGCCAGAAAGCCAUGUCCAGCUGCAUUCUGGUUCAAUCUUGGACCCAGUCAGAACCAGAGUGUUGAAUCUAUUUUACAAGCUGUUCUUUGUGUGCCCAGUGUGGUGGCUGGAUGCUAAGGAUAUGGUUUGUGGCUGGAUAAUUGCGUCUGCCAAGCUGGAGAGACCGUCAGCUUUUCUGUACAAAUUGAAGUAGUUGAAGCGAUAUGUAUGUUGGAAGAUUUCGUUUUUGUGAGGAAAUUGGCAUGCUGUGCAGCUAUUUAGAAUUUGUGGGUUGUCUUUUCUUCUAUUGUGUUUGGCAAGGAUAAUGCAAAGAUAUUUUUUUAAUAUGUUUUUUGAAAUGGCAACGAAAAGAAUUAACCAAA